CAACAAUUUGAACUUCCCUGAUUUUAAAGAUAAUUUCAUUUUUGGAAAAUAAAGUGGGCGGAUGUCUGAUAUAAAUUCAGUAUAACUUGAGGUUUGUAACAAUUAGUACGCAUUUGAAACAUUGCAUUGAAAACACAUAGUUCUCAACAUGGCAUCAAAAGAUGCACAACCUUCCUCAUUGGAGAGUGCCUCAGAGUUUGAGAAUGACUUUGACUGCGAUAUUUGCCUUUAUAAGGACAAUAAGAAAAUCGAGGCCAAGUUCUGCUGCGUGGACUGCUCCAAGUGUUACUGUGAUAUUUGUGUCAUUUAUCAUAAUGGAAUGCUUAAUAAGCAUACAGUGCUUGAUCGUAGCGAUGUGAACAAGUGGGUGAGCCAGGCAAACGCGUUUGCGAGGUGUGGCCUUCACCCGAGAAAUGUCGUUGAGAUGGUUUGUGAAAUUCACGGAGAGCUUUGCUGUAACGUCUGCGUCACCUUCAACCAUAAGAUGUGCCGCAGCUUACGCCAGGUAAAAGACCUGGCCAAGGGCAUACAUGAGAUGGCUGACUUCAAGCAGCUUCCUGCCAAUGUUAGCAAGCUGACAUCCAACAUAAACCAGGUCAUACAGGACAUGAAGAAAAAACAACAAUCCGUGAAGGAAUCUGGAAAGUCCAUGCUGAAAGAGAUAAAUGCUCUGAGGUCAGCACUGAACCAGCUGCUAGAUGAGCUGGAGAAAAGAACUGUGAUACAGAUGAAAAGUGGCCUGGCUGAUCUGGAUGACACACUGCAGAAGGAUGUAGACUCCUGCACACGCAUACAUGACCAGAUCAAUGACUUUCUGGACAAUAUCCGGUCAAAUGACAAAGGCAGCGAGCCAAACUCUUACAUUUGUUACAGGAAAUGCCAAGAUAAGAUGACAGAAGCCAACAGUCUGCUCCAUAAGAUGUCCAACAAAGCAGAGAUGUCUGUGUCCUUUAAUCCUGAUAAUCGUGCUAAACAACUUUUGUCUGAUUUAAUGACAUUGGGGGAGAUUCAGACUAUUGAGAGGCAGAAAGUUUUUACUGUGAAAACCAAGCAUACAUAUUCCGUUCGACAGAAGACAAAUGAUAAAACCUGUGAUAUUACUGGUAUAUCUGAACUACCAGGAGGAGACAUCAUUCUGACAGACUCAAGUAACUCUCAAAUUAAGCUGUUGAGCAGUCAAUUCGAUGUGAUAGCCAAUUUGGAGGUUCCAAAGUAUCCACAGGACAUAUGUCACACCACAGGGGACGAGCUUGCCGUAGCUGUAAACUGUGAUAUAGAUAAAAGAUAUGAGGUCCACUUUCUGACAGUGUCGACUGGCAAAAUCAAGAAGAUCAGGAAGUUCACAGUUGACCACUCGUGUUUCUCCAUCAGACAACACCAGGGUCAGCUGUAUAUAGGCUCCCGCACUGCCCUGUACCUCUACACCACAGUUGGCCAGCUCAUCACGACAGUUUAUGAAAACACAUCAGGAUACAUCACAGUGAACCGUUUUGCAUUGAGCAGAGAUGGCAGCAAGAUCUACGUUCCAGCCUCAAGCAACCAAAAACUAAUCACCAUUGACAGAAGAGGCAACAUUCUGGCCACUCUGGAUGACCCUGAUUUUGUCUGGCCAUGUGGUGUACAUGUGAGUGAGAGUGGACAUGUCUUUGUGUGCUCAUAUGACUCCAACACAGUGUCGCAGGUUGACCUGGAAGGCAGAAAAAAGCUGGCUACUCUUGUCAGGGAGGGCAGACCAGAGUCAAUCUGGUACAGCACACAUACUAGCAGGCUCAUUGUGGCGGGAUCGCAAGAUGAUAUUGUGGUGACGGAACUGCAAUAGUGUGGUUAAAGUUCCUUGUGUUUAUAACAGAAGCUUAAAGAAGUGUGUUGUUUUCUUUACAAGAAAUGUAGACCUUCUUGUGUUAAAUGUAGACCUUCUUGCUUAUGAAACCAUCUGAUGUAAAGAAGACGAUAUAAAAUUACAAGAGGGUCUCAAAAACCGUCAAUAUUGAAAAUGCGACUAGAAAACGUCAUUUUAUCCAGAAAAGUAAAGUAAUUCACAAAAAAAUGUUCCAGAGUCAGUAAACAAUCAAUAGCACAACUACUUAACAAGCUCAUCGGUUACCAUCUUUAAAAACCUCUCGUGGACCAACAUUUUGUCAUCAAUUGUUCAGACCUGAUAUACGGUCCUCUGACUGCUAACUAUAAAUGGUCGAAUGAUAGACAAUUAUAUAUUAAUUAAUAGAAUUACUCAAGGACAUUUAGCUUUACUUAAUUGAUUGCAGGUCUCAAAUAGGAAUCCCUCUAGUACUGAAGAAAUCUACCCAGAGUAACCAUAUAUUCUUAAAAAUUAUAAUUAACAAUGUUGAUAUCCAGACAUCACCUCCACUUAGACCAACACAAAACUCUACCAGAGGUCACGAACGCCAAUACAUCCAAUAUCAGCAAAUAUAUCAUAUAUAUCAGCAUAAAUUCUACCAAAUUUAAUUGUUCUCUGGAACCGACUCACACCUGAUGCCAGCCCACCAUCGAUUGGUUCCAGUGUGCCCUCGAAAGACAGGAGAGAAUUAAGCCUUAACUGUGUGAUGUUUUAGUCGUGUUUAUUCAUGCUGUAUAUAAGUAUAUAUAUAUAUAUAUAUAUAUCCCAUAUAUAUCCCAUUGAUGUUAUUCGUUGUGAUGUCUGUGGACAUGUCAAAUGAAGCUGUUUAACAUGUUAUCAGCUCAGUAUCAAAUCACUGAUAACUGAAGGAUUUGAGAACCUGAAGGACACUCGGUCUAAUUUUUAAACUCAACUGUGGGUAAAAGGGUACAUUUACACAGGCUUUAUUUAUCCUUUUGAACUUAAUGUAUAGAAAAAAAUAUUAUUUGUUUGCACUAUCUGUUUUGUUAUGUUUAUGUUACAGUUUGUGAUAUGUUUGGUUGUGAAGUUUUGAAAGAUAAUAAACAUCAUUAAAAUAAA